AUGAGGUCCGACUCAAGCACCAAGAAGUCUGUCACCUUCUAUGAGUUCCACCAAAACCGUGGACACAAAACGCAAAACUGCCACGCUGUAAGAUUAGAGGUGGAUAACCUGCUGCAACAGGGACACCUCAAAGAGUUACUCCGGGACAAAGAUGGGAACAUAUUAAUAAGAGGUCGAGAACGCCUAGGCCUACCAAAGCCAUCUUCUCCCGCUCGCACCAUCAACAUGAUUAUUGGUGGCACUGACGAUGCAUCUAUCAACAACAUCAACUUCACCGCCAUUCACAAACUCAAGAGAUCAAUCACCCACGAACAGUAUGACGGCCUCAAAGAAAGCAUCAUCUUCGAUGAGUCAGAUGCCGACGGUUUGACUUUCUCUCAAAAUGAUGCACUUGUCAUUACUUCACAAAUUCUUGAUACUUAUGUAAGGAGAAUUAUGGUGGAUGAUGGAAGUAUAGAAUGCAUCAUCCAUCCUCAAGUCCUCGUACAGAUGCGACUUGAGGAUAAGAUAGUGUCGUGCUGCAUCACACUAACCGACUUUAACAAUGUAGUUGAACAACUUCGGGAGAGAUCACACUCCCCGUCCUCGCCGGUGGGGUGGCGCUAG